CGUGGUCUCGGCCUCCGGCCCUGGGCAGUUCGGAGUUCAGGUGCCUUGCGCGGCAGGCUGCAUUUUCCACUUCAGUGGCGUGGAGGUGGCCUCUUCCCCUCGUGCUGCUUCCCUUCGGUUGACCGCUCCGAGAUUCUUACGGAGCUCUCAGAAGCCCAGGACGGUGCUGGGGGUGCAGUCGGCGCCGCCCUCCCUACCAGUAGGCCGAUUCCCGUGGUAGCAUCCGGUAGGGAAAUGGUCGUGCUUUCGGUACCCGCCGAAGUCACUGUUAUCCUGUUAGAUAUCGAAGGUACCACAACCCCGACAGCUUUCGUGAAGGACGUUUUAUUUCCUUACAUCAAAGAAAAUGUUAAAGAGUAUUUGCAGACACAUUGGGAAGAAGAUGAGUGCCAGCAGGAUGUCAGUCUUUUGAGGAAACAGGCUGAAGAGGACUCCCACCUGGAUGGGGCUGUUCCAAUCCCUGCUGCAUCUGAGAAUGGGGCAGAUGACCUGCAACAGAUGAUCCAGGCCGUGGUAGAUAAUGUGUGCUGGCAGAUGUCUCUGGACCGAAAGACCACAGCGCUGAAACAGCUGCAGGGCCACAUGUGGAGGGCAGCAUUCACAGCGGGGCGCGUGAAAGCAGAGUUCUUUGAAGAUGUAGUUCCAGCAGUCAGAAAGUGGAAAGAAGCUGGAAUAAAGGUGUAUAUUUAUUCUUCAGGGAGUGUAGAAGCACAGAAACUGUUAUUUGGGCAUUCUACAGAGGGAGAUAUUCUUGAGCUUGUUGAUGGUCACUUUGAUACCAAGAUUGGACACAAAGUGGAGAGUGAGAGUUAUCGAAAGAUUGCGAGCAGCAUUGGGUGCUCAACCAACAACAUCUUGUUUCUGACAGAUGUUACUCUAGAGGCCAGUGCUGCUGAAGAAGCAGAUGUGCACGUCGCUGUGGUGGUGAGACCUGGUAAUGCAGGACUGACAGAUGACGAGAAGACUUACUUCAGCCUCAUCACCUCCUUCAGCGAACUGUACCUGCCUUCCUCGACCUAGAGGAGGGUUUCUAAGGAAGACCAAACUGUCUUCACAGAGUUGUCCUGUAGUCUAGUUUUAUUCUAGUGGGAAAAGUAACUUCCUUUAAAUAUACAUAUAAGCACACGUGUGUAUGCAAGUUUAUAUGCGUGUUCAAAUUAUCUUUCACGGGCACAGAAAUUGGGGGCACAUCUCAGUUCAGUGAAAAGGAAACUAAAGAUGUUUUUUAUGUAGAAAUUGUUUGAAACCACAGCUCUCAUCCUUAUUGAGGGCACAAUGUAGUUGAUAGAAGAAAUGACUACAGUACAGAUCUAGUGUGUUCUGUUUAGCAAGUAUGUACCAAAAUGGAAAGAUAGGUUUGAGAAGUUAUUCAGAAGCCUUAGUAUUUUAAAAACUAAGUAUUUCAAAGUAUUAUUCCUAAUAAUAAUUCAUCCUCCUUUUAAUUAUGAGUUAGAUUACAGCAGCUGAAUUUCAAAAUAUUAGUGUUCUUACCUACAAAAGACAAAGUUAUUUAUUUCUGCUCUAAAAGAGACAAAAUUGGGAAAGGAAGCUUAUUUGAGUCCUGAUCAAACAUCUCUUACUUAAACUUGCUAAUCAUUGUGGCACCCUCUGCAGGCAAGUUGCCUUAUCAGUGGAAGAGGUGCACUGAUGUAACAACAGGUAACACAGAAACGUGGUUCUUAACAUUCCCAACAAAACAGUUCUAGUCCUGCCAGUGUUAUCACUGUAGAUUUUAUAGAUGCCUUUCUAACUCCUCCUUCGCACAGUUUGAGAAUAUAUGUUAAUGAUGUUUACUAGUAAAAAACGUUUACUGAAAUCAGUUUAUAAGACCUACAGGAGCCCUGCUAUGUACUAUUUUCCUCGAAAUGGAUGUGAGAAAUGUAAAUUUUAUAAUAUCAUUUAUCCUGGUUCAAUCUUAA